GUCCGCGGAUCGCAUUCAUUGCUGCAUUCUGGAAAGAUGCGCUAGAAACCGUCAAUCCAUCCAUCACGCAAACACUGCUUCCUUCGGAUGGGAUGAUGCACUGCACGGUGGCCAAGUAAGUUGUUCCAUCCAUCCACAAGACACACGGCGUCCCGUCCACCGUCCGCCUGUCUGUCCCUCGAUGGAUCCGAUCCAUGCACACACCUGUCUAUCUGCUUCAUUUCUUCCGCCUCGAAGGGGUCCCUCGCGCCUCCGCCGCUUGACGCCUCGUCGUCGGACCCCUCGGCUGCGGGGCUGACGCACGGGGACUCUCGCCAUCAUCCUGCACUCACAGACACCCCACACCCCCACACCCCACAAUAUCAUGCACCGCGCAGCCCAUCCCAUUCUCCCUCCCAUACCGCGUUGGCAGCAGCAGCAGAUGCCCGUGUCCUGCGUCCUGCGUGAGGCUGUGACGGCUGAGGCUGUGCGCCCUCGUCGCUCGCAGCAGGCUGUGAAGCGAUCGCGACAGCCGCCGGUCCUGCCGCUGCAGCGGCAUGCUGCUGAGCUGAUGCCGUCGAGCUAGCUGCGGCUGCGGCCGACUGUGUCGCGGCUGAUCCAGCAGUGACGCUCGCACCGGUGGCGGGGCCACCACCAGGGCCCUUGCCGGUAGCCGUCAUGGCGGGAAACGUCGGCGGCCGGACUGCACGAACCUCUGGAGGUCGAGGGGCCAUCGGCAUGGCAUAGGGCACAGCAGGCGCCCGUGGUGCUGAUGGAAUAGAGUAUAGAAGGCGGCUUGGCGGCAUCGGGGGGAAGGGGGGCGGGUGGGCCACGGGCCCACGAGGACGGGUCGGCUGGGCUCCUGCCGAUGGGGCGUUGGGCUCGCUCUUGACAUCUGCCGCCUGGGCCACCGAUGCACCACCGUCUGGGGGUGUCGCCACUCCACCGGCGCUUCUGGGCUGGGAUGUGACCCCCGACACACUCGGUGUCACGGCAUUGGCAGUCGCCCCCUGCACCUGCCCAAGCCCUGGCGCCUCAGGCGCUGGUCUCGAUGCGACGGGCGGGGCAGUGGCCGGUAUGGCGUGCAUCGGCUGGUAGAAGCCAUGCUGGAUCGGGCCAGCACCAGCUGUCAUGCCACGCUGAGCUGCAGCACCAGCAGUGGGACCCACACCCACUGGCGCUGGCCGGGUAGCGAGACCGAAGCCCAUAGGGAAGGUCGGUGCGAAGGGCGCCCCGGGUUGAUAGAAGGCGGGAGCCAUGGGCUGGAACAUGCCCACGCCAGCCUGGCCCGCAAACAUGGGAGGGGCGGCGGGGGGGCGAGGGGCCGCUGCAGCGACGGAGACGCUGGUGGUCGCAGGGGCUCGCUCCUCCUUGAUCAAUGGGGCUGUCGCCGGUGCAGUGAUGCCGCUGGAUGCCGCACCGACAGCUGAACCGCUGAUGGCCCCUGCCUGCCCUGCUGCUGCGGGUGUCUGCGACGACGUCACGGCUGCAAUCGACGCUCCUUGUGUGGUAGGUAGCAGUGGUGCUUGUGGGGGUUCCAGUGGGCCGGCAGCUUUUGGCCGGAUGGUCUCUGUCUUGACCCCGGUGGCCGCGGCUGCUGCCGCCUUCAUGGCGUCCAUCUCCACACGGAAGUUCUGCUGGAACUGAUUCACGGGCUGUGCCGACUGCAUAUAGUUGCCCAGCCAGGGGGCGACGGGCGCGGGUCGCGCCGCACCAGCAGCAUGCACGCCCGUCGGCUGUGAGAGCGAAGCGAAGCCAGUGCCGGGCGAGCCGCGACCGGCGGCCAUUUGCACCCCCUGAGGGAACUGAGGUGUCGGCGGCCGUGCAGGCAGCUGUGGAGUCGACAGGCUGACCGGCUGUGUGCCGCUGGGUGCGCUGACUGCAGCCGGAGGGGCGACUGCCGCAGCAGCAGCAGGAGGGGGGCGUACAGGUUGCUGUGGGGGCGGGAUAGUGGGCGCCCGUUGAGCGAAUGGUGCUGGGGGCGGUCGUGUGGCUGUGGGUGAGGAGAUUGGCGGGGGAGACGAGUCACGGGGGAACGAUGUCGCUGACAUGGGAGGGCAGACAGACAGACAGACAGACAGGAUGUGGCAGGAUCGUGUCCACAUGUGUGUGAUGUGUGUGUGUGCUCACAUUUGUAUGGGUGGAAGGAGAAUGGAGGCGCCAACAACGGAGGCCGGCCACGAUGCUUUCGCUGAUGGAAGGCACAAACAAAGCCAAAGCGACCAUUAUGACCCACAGAGACACGUGAGUGUCCCUCCCACGAGUGCUCGUGCAGUGAGUGCAUCGAUGUCCUCCCUCACCUUGAACUUCUGGCUGAGGACGAACUCUGCGUCUCGCAGUUCCUUUUGGCUGAUGCGGUUGCCGUAGAGGUGCAGGAACUGCACCUUGCUCUCCUCAUUGUCUCUAAGCGCCGAACACAGACGGUCACCCGCACCGGACUUCUGAUAGAUAAACGAAGCGCAGCCAGCAAGUCACCCAAACAGACAGAAUCAAUCAGUCGAGCCAUGCCAUGUGCAUGGGUAAAGGUAUAGCCAGGCGUGUGGCGUACGUUGGCUCCGCCGCUCCACGAGAUUCUGUUCCAGUAGAGGUCGAGCACCACGAGGGUCUUGUUCUUGCCCAGCGCAACGGCGAGGUCACAGCCACCUGCACACACAGAGACAAACGGAGACAAAGAACCGACACGUCACGCCCACUCAUCCAUGCACGACUCGCUCUGUCUCUUGUCCUUCUGGGCAUGUGUGUGACUGACCUUGGUCCUUUAUGUCGUUGAAUUUGAGUGAGAGGCUCUGCAGUGUAGAGUUGGCUUCCAGCCCGCUCGCCACCGACGUGGCCCCCGAGUCGCCCAGACCACAGUUGCUCAGAUCCAGCAUCUGCACGUCAACGAGCAGAUGCGUUGUGCGGGAAUGCGGGAGACACGAUUCGUUGGCCUGGCUGCUUACGGUGAGUGUCUUGUUUUCCCUGAUGAGUUUGGCCAGGACGGCGUUGACGUGGCCGUUGGCUUUGUCCAGCAACUGGUUCUCCUGCAGUUAGUGUCACACACAUGUGCAGUGCAGGGCAGUGCAGUGCAGGCCAGACUAUCACUGUGAGUGAGUGUAUUGGUUCGUCUGGUCUGUGUGUGGUGUUCCUUCUAUCUGACGUACGUACCUGCAUUUGGAGCGACCUGAGGUGGGUGUUGUGCACGAGGGCGCCCAGGAUGCCCGUGGACGCCUUGAGGCUGAAUUUGCAGUCGUUGAGGUUGAGUGACUGGAGGAAGGGCCCCUCCGUCGUCCUCAGCAGACCCUCCAGCGCCACACCCACUGAGUCAUUGAAGACGUUGUCCUGAUGGAUUCAUUGAUUGGGCAGACAGUCACGUCACGCACGGAUGCCUCGACAUGGCCGUGAUUCACGUCAUUUGAUUGAUGUCAGUCAGUGACUUACGGCGAGGUUGAGAUCGACGAGGUUCUUGGCCGUCUUGGGCGUCAGGUGUUGGACCAGCACACGACCACCACUCAAACUCAUGAGCACACUGCAGGCAGUGAGCAACACAUGACAUCAAUGAAGGCACACAUACACAUACACAUACACAUACACACAUGACAUGCCCACAGAAAGGUGGCAUGGCAUGGCGGGGUGGGGUGCUCAUACACAACAGACAGACAGACGCGUUCGUCUGUCCUCACCUCGCGAGCCCGAGUGUCUUGAGCUUGGGCAGAUCCUUCAACGUCAUGAUCAGCAAGGCGAUGCCACUGUCACCCAACCGGUUCCUGCCAUGCCAGCGGGAGGGACACAAACCAACAAACCAACACACCAACACACACACUCUUCAUCCCAUCCUCGUAUGUAUUAGCCCUCUCCCUGCCUGUCACUCGGUCGCUCGCUGACCUGGAGACGUCGAGUGUGACGAUGCCGUGCAUGUGGAGAUGGAAGCCCCGCAGCAGCUUCCACGAGUAGACGUGCGGGCAGUAUAGGCCGACCACCAUCCUACCCAGACCGCUGUCACCCCCCUUCUCCACCCCGCCAGCGCCGCCAUCGCUGCCCGUGGCGCUGCUCGAACCCCUCACUAUCGGCGAGUGUGUGUGCCUCGGCGUGGCGCCGCCGCCCGCCUGAAGCGUCAGGCUGAGAGACCGGUGAAGAGGCUCCGGCUCUGGCGGGUGGUCCACCUGCAUCACUGACGACGACGAACGGACCACUGAACAGAACACAACACACAGCACCAGACAGACAAUCAUCUUCCAUCCAUCCAUCUAUCUCAGGUCAUGCUCACGUGCUUCCUCAGGCGGCAGGUGUGUAUGCGAGACGGUCUGCAGUGCGUCCCUCACGCCGGUGGAGGCCAGGCGGAAGCGCAGCACGUCCUCGCUCCCCAGAGACGACACGACCAGCCACACGGUGUCCCUCGCCAGACACUUGAUGUGGUCACCGCCCUUCGUGACCUCCCUCAUAGCCCGGCUCGUCCCUUUGCUCUUGAGCCGCUCCAUCUCUGCUGCCGUGGCCCGACGCGAAUACCGGUACCCCACUGAGUCUCCGGUGCCGCCUGUUGUGGCCGUGGCUGCUGGUGCGUCACAUUGUGCUGAUGGCUGCGGGUCAUCGGGUGCGAAUCGAUAGGCCCAGUGGGAUGACGGCCACAU